AUGUCAAAAAGCGUUCCUUUGAGUCAAUUGCAUAAAUAUUCACUCCCUGUUCAUCCCAUUGACUUACCAGAUCUCAUCCCUCAUAAUCCUAUAUCAUGGGUUUUAUGCUUGUUAGCGUACUGGAGAUCGUCAACAGUGGUUGCCAAAACAACUAUUCACUUCAAAGAUGGUGAUUUUUUCGUCACAAAUGAUGAGGAUAUCAAAACACUAUGGAGAGAUGGGUUCUUUGGUAAAGGUAUUUUCAGUAGAAGUGAAGCUACUUGGCAGGAUAGAACUCAAAAACGUUUAGGUUUGGGUGAGUUCAAGAACUUGACCGUUGAAGAAAUCACAGCUUUGAGAAGAGAAGAACGUAAAAAGUUCAAGAAGGAACGUUCAAAACUUGAAGCUAAACAAGCCGAACUUAGAAAAGCUGGUAUUGUUGAUCCAUUCAUUGAAGAAAGGCUUGGUUUGAAAAAUCUCAGAGACAAAGAUAUCAACAUCAAUGUCAAAAGAGAGAUCGAUUUCCGUGAAGAAGACAAUGAUUUAUUGGAAGAUGGUAAGCUGAAAAAUCUCGAACAACUUCAACUAAUGCCUGUUGAAACACUCUUUCUGAAGUUUGCAUUGAAUGCAGCUGACGUUAUUUGUGAUGGAUCUAAUCUAUCAGCUCAACAAUUGUUCAAUAAAAUAUCUUCACAUAGGGCUGAUGAUCAAUUCAUUCUCAAUUAUGUUUCUUAUCAUCAUUACAGAUCAUUGGGUUGGUGUGUUAGAUCAGGUAUAAAGUUUGGUACUGAUUAUCUUUUGUACAAGAGAGGUCCACCAUUCCAUCAUGCUGAGUAUGCCACUAUAAUUCUUCCAAAUUACAAAGAUGAAGAAGAAAAUGAACGUGUUGCUAAAGACUUUAUCUGGCUGUCAAGUAUUAGCAGAGUUAUUGGUGGAGUUCGUAAGAACUUAGUUUUGGUUUUCGUUGAUAUUCCUUCUCAAGAAGAAUUUGAUGCUCAACCUGAUCUAGAAUCAUUGUUCAAAUUGUACAAGAUCAGUGAAGUGUUGUAUAGACGUUGGGUUCCAAAUAAAAAUCGUGAUUAA